AUGUCGAUGCGGAGGACAUUAUGGCAGACGCUCAUCCGUGCCAAUAAUGUCCUCAAUCAAGCCCCUGCCGUUCGUGCAACCACCAGAUGCAAGGGAUCACGCCCGCGCCAGUAUAACACGCUGACAGUCAAUGCUGCCGAUCUUGCCUUUGGGCAACCUGUCCACGAGACUCAUCCGCAUCUCCUCCAGCCAGGGGAGCUGACUCCAGGGAUAACAGCGCGGGAGUACGCCGACCGGCGCACGCGGCUUGCGGCCAAGCUGCCAGACAAGGCCAUUGCCAUCAUCGCCGCUGCUGAUCUCCAAUUCCGCUCCGGCAGCGUUUUCUACGAGUUUCACCAAGACCCCGACUUCCUCUACCUGACCGGCUUCAACGAACCUGAAGCUCUCGCCGUCAUCGGCAAAGACCCUACGGGUACGGACCACACGUUCUACCUGUUUGUCCGCGAAAAGGACCCCAAAGCGGAGAUCUGGGAUGGCGCAAGAUCGGGCACACAGGCAGCAAAGGACGUCUUCAACGCAGACGAAACGGGUGACAUCUCCAGGUUGAAAAAGGUCCUUCCGGACUUGGUGGGUGAAGCGUCUCAGGUCUACACGGACAUCACGAGUCCCGAUACCAACCGCUCGGCACUCCAGCGGUUUCUGUUUGGUGCAUCCCGCAAGGCCACCGAGUUCGCAGAGCUCAUUGAGUCGCGGAAAGUCCACCGGCUUCGACCGAUCAUGAACGACCUACGAGCCUUUAAGAGCGCAGCCGAGAUCGAGCUCAUGCGAAUAGCCGGAAGAGCAUCAGGACGGGCCCACACGGAUGCCAUGAGAAAAGCAUGGACGCGCGAGAAACAGCUCGACUCGUAUCUCCGCCAUCGCUUCAUCACGAAUGGCUGCGACACGAGCGCAUUUGAGCCUGUCGUUGCUGGUGGUAAGAAUGCACUUGGCAUUCACUACGUCCGCAACGAUGAUGUUCUGCGGGAUGACGAGUUGGUCCUUGUGGACGGUGGUGGGAAGUACGGUGGCUACAUCGCCGACAUCACGCGGACUUGGCCUGUCGGAGGGAAAUUCAGCGACGCACAGCGAGAUCUGUACCAAGCAGUGCUCACAGUCCAGAGAUCGUUGAUCUCGCUUUGCCGAGGUAGUGCGAAUAUGUCACUGGACAAGUUGCACAACAUAGCAGAAGAACACCUCUCCAACGAGCUGCGGCAGAUUGGCUUUGACAUGUCUUCCAAAGCCAUUGAGAGCCUAUUCCCGCACCACUUGAGUCAUUAUAUCGGCUUGGACGUACAUGACACGGUGGGUUAUACGCGGAAAGUGGUGCUACAAGAGGGACACUGUAUCACUAUUGAGCCCGGAGUCUAUGUGCCGGACAACGAGCGGUGGCCAAAGUAUUUCCGGAACAUGGGGGUACGCAUUGAAGACAGUGUCAGUAUCCAGGACGACAGCCCAUUUGUGCUGACGACCGAGGCUGUCAAGGAGAUUGUCGAUAUUGAAGCCUUGCGAGACUGA